AUGAUCUGCUGUAACCAGAGUGAGCUUGCCUGCCAGAAGAACAUGAAAAAGCAAAGCGACUCAGGCAAGGGAAAAUGCGGGGAUGACAGGCUCUCUGCAGCUGCCCAAAAGCAGAGGGACUCAGAGAUCAUGCAACAGAAGCAGAAAAAAACCCAAUGA